CCCCCGUCAUGCGCACGCACGUAACCGUGUGGCUUUUGUCCUUCCCUACGAUAACUGGGUCAACGCACGGCGACCCUUGGGGGGCAUGGCGUCAACGCGUGGCGAUCGAUGGAAACAACAAUACCCACGACUCCAACGACGACUGAAUCCCUACGAUUGCGACACCGCUACCGACGACAACGACGUACGCGACGGCACUCGCAACGGGAGCAGCAAGGGCACCGUUGAGACAGUAGCUGACGACUUGAAGAGCCUCUAGUCUGUUGUAGCGUCACAACGGCAUAAUAGUAAGGGCCGCCAGGCAAGGAAGUCAGUCCACACGGAAUGGUUGUGCCGCGAGGCCCAUUUAUCGCCAAGUGCCGGCUGCUAUUUUCUUGUGUUUCCGUUGGCUUCUGUUGGAAUUUCCAAAGCAAUGGGGAGUGGGGGGGCGGGAGGGGUGUAAAGGCCUAGGGUCAUCGCCACGACCCCCCAAACAGCUUGUUGCAAGCGAAUCCCUGGACUUGAUCCGUUGCCGACAACCAGUACGUCGUUCCCCACGUAGGGAACGUUGUGGCGUUUUCCCCUCCUUGUAUUUCUUCCGUAGAUUACUGUUCUUUUUCCCAAAGAA